UCGGUUCCUAGCGCUGCACACCACAAAAGGGACAUUCUCCUCCCAGCCGGGCAUGCCAAGCUCGCUUCCUCCCACUGAUUUACGGUUGAGACCCUGGCACACGCACGCUUAUCCGCCAGUAUGUAAACCUCAUCGAGCACCGUGGAGCUCCCUUCCUAUACACACACACACAAAGGCUCUGGCUUAUGCAGGUGUCAUUUUGAAAAAAAAGGAAGAGGGGGACCAACCCCUACGACAAGAGAAGCGCAAUCUCCUCGCGACCGCCACUGUACAGCGUCCAGGACCAAGCCUAACGACAGAGGAGCAGGGAGAGGAUGGGGCUAACCACCACGUUAGCAGCGUUCUAACAAAACGGAGCGGAGAGAGGGGGUAACGGCGGCAGAACCACCGCGCUAACCGACCAACUAGCCCGCCGCCACUCGCAUAACGUCUCUCACCCUAGACCGCUUCACCGCUAUCUAAGCGGGGCCCAGGCGCUGUGGGGUUGGUGGGCUAGGCCCCGCCUCGCCUCGCCUCGCCUCCCUGGUGCGUGCUGUGGGCGGAGCGCGUAGGUCUCCGGCGGCAGCCGUAGCAGCAGGCGCUAUUGCUGUUGUACUGGCGGGCCAGGUGGCUGGGGCUGCUCCCAGCUUCCUUUUCAGCGCCGGGUGUGGGAGUGCGGAGCUUUUGCCCGCCGCUCUUUCUGGCGUCACGGUCAGUCCGGCUUGUGUGUGGUGUAUCAGGAGGCCGCGGCACCGACAGGGCUUUGGUUGGGUCGAGCGCCCGGUCGGUUUCCCUUUGCCGGCCCCGUUUAGCUUUCUCCCUUCCCUUUGCACAAGAGGAGCCGACGGAGCUGAAGUGGAGCCCCCUCUGUUCCCGUAAACUCUCGGGCGUUUUUUCAGCCGGUGUUGCCGUGGAGUUCUCGCAGUAGUGGAUUUUCCAGCGCCAGGCUCGGCUCAAGGAGGAAGGAAGUUGAGACAUCCAGAGAAGGGGGUGGAGGGUUUGCCUUGUCCCGGCCCCGCUUGCAUCCGCCCGGGCCCGGGAGGGAAGUUUUGUCCUUCCUGCCGAAUUCUGGCGAGGCAGCGGGGCCGGAACUGUUGUCGAGCGCGCCCAGAAGUUUAGUUAGAGCCGGAGCCGCCGCAGCCGCUGCGCCAGGUGUGGUGUGCAAAGCGCGUUUCGGUGGCUGCUCGUGGUCCUCUUCUUUUUCUUUGCCUUGCCCGGCGUGGCGAUGAAGCUGAGCCGGCAGUUCACGGUAUUUGGCAGCGCGAUCUUCUGCGUGGUGAUUUUCUCGCUCUACUUAAUGCUGGAUCGGGGCCACUUGGACCACCCCAAGAACCACCGCCGCGAAGGCUCUUUCCCCCAGGGUCAGCUUUCAAUCCUGCAAGAGAAAAUUGAUCAUUUAGAACGCUUAUUAGCAGAAAAUAAUGAAAUUAUUUCAAAUAUAAGAGAUUCUGUGAUCAAUCUGAGUGAAUCUGUCAAAGAUGGACAACGUACUCCAGAAGCUAUAAACUUCAGUCAAGGAAACUUCUCGGAGUUAUCGCCUCUUGCCACUAUGUACCUCUCAGUUGACCCUGAAGAUUGUCAAUUUGCUUCAAAAAGUAGAAGCCAAGCUUCAGAUGUACAGAUGCUAGAAAUCUAUGACGUACUCCCAUUUGAUAAUCCAGAUGGUGGAGUUUGGAAACAAGGAUUUGAUAUCACCUACGAUGAACACGAAUGGGAUAGUGAACCUCUUCAAGUUUUUGUUGUGCCUCAUUCACAUAAUGAUCCAGGUUGGCUGAAGACAUUUGAUGACUACUUUAGAGAUCAGACACAGCAUAUUCUCAAUAACAUGGUCAUAAAGCUGCAAGAAGACAAAGGGAGAAAAUUUAUGUGGUCUGAAAUCUCUUAUUUUUCAAAGUGGUGGGAUGGAAUAGAUAGUCAGAAGAAGGAUGCUGUGAAAAGGUUAAUUGAAGAGGGCCAGUUUGAAAUAGUAACCGGAGGAUGGGUCAUGCCUGAUGAAGCUUCUCCCCAUUAUUUUGCUUUAAUUGACCAGCUGAUAGAAGGACACCAAUGGCUAGAGAAGGCACUAGGAGUAAAACCAAAAUCUGGCUGGGCAAUUGAUCCAUUUGGGCAUUCACCAACCAUGGCUUAUCUUUUGAAACGCACUGGAUUUUCCAAUAUGCUUAUACAGAGAGUUCAUUAUUCAGUUAAAAAGCAUCUUGCAACCCAGAAGACAUUAGAAUUUUUUUGGAGGCAGAGUUGGGAUUUGGGAUCUAAUACGGAUAUUCUCUGCCACAUGAUGCCUUUUUAUAGCUAUGAUGUUCCUCACACUUGUGGACCAGAUCCUAAAAUAUGCUGCCAGUUUGAUUUUAAGCGCCUUCCUGGAGGAAGGGUCAGUUGUCCUUGGAGAGUUCCUCCUGAAGCCAUUCAUUCUGGAAACAUUCAACACAGGGCAUGGAUGAUUUUAGAUCAGUACAGAAAGAAGUCUAAGCUUUUCCGUACCAAAGUUUUGUUGGCUCCAUUGGGAGAUGAUUUCCGCUACAGUGAGAAUUCAGAAUGGGAUCAGCAGUAUCAAAAUUAUCAGAAGCUUUUUGAUUACAUGAACUCUCAUCCUGAGUUCCAUGUGAAGGCUCAGUUUGGGACUUUAUCCGAUUAUUUUGAGGCUCUACGUAAGACUAGUAAUUUGGAUGAAAGGAAUAGUAAUUCAGUGUUUCCUGUUCUGAGUGGAGAUUUCUUCACAUACGCAGACAGAGAUCAUCAUUACUGGAGUGGAUAUUUUACUUCACGUCCCUUCUACAAACGCUUAGACAGGAUUCUAGAAUCAUAUUUAAGGGCUGCUGAAAUUCUGUACUCUUUUGCUUUGGUGCAGUCCAAAAAAACUGAGAAAAUGAAAGAAUUUCCUUCAGUGGACCACUACAAAUUACUGACAGAGGCUAGAAGAAACUUGGGACUUUUUCAACAUCAUGAUGCCAUCACAGGAACUUCUAAAGACUGGGUAGUUGUAGAUUAUGGUACUAGGCUGUUCCAUUCAUUAAUAAACUUGAAGAAAAUUAUCACUGAUUCUGCUCACAUUCUUAUUCUAAAGGAUCUAGAAAUGUAUCAUUACAAUCCAUCGACACCAUUCCUUACAAUGGAUGAUGCUCAGUCUUCACAAGACUCUUUGCCACACAAGACUGUCAUAGAACUGGGUAAACAACCAAGGUACCUUUUGAUUUAUAAUCCUACAGAACAAGAACGCUCAUCAGUGGUUUCAGUCUACGUAAAUACCCCUAAAGUUAAAGUAUUGUCUCCUUUUGGAAGGCCAGUUGUGGUUCAGCUGACUGCAGUAUGGGAUGAAACUGCUAAAAUAUCAUAUGAUGCAUACCAGAUCUCUUUCUUGGCUCGUGUACCACCUUUGGGUUUUGGAGUGUACCAGCUUCUGGAGGGUCUGAGUUCUGAAACUGUAUUGGCUGACUAUAAUCUGUAUCACAAUGAUAAAGCUAAAUUAGUCAAGCCCUAUAGAAUUUUCAAUGUUAAACAGAUACAGAAUGCUCUGGAUGAGAUUAUGUUAGAGAACUCUUACGUGAAAGUCUGGUUCUCUGGCAAUUCUGGGCUUCUGGAGAAAGUAAAUACAAAAGAAAAAAAUAAAAACCAUCAUGUCAAGCUGGAAUUUGUUUGGUAUGGAACUACAAGUAACAGAGAUAAGAGUGGAGCUUAUCUCUUCUUACCAGAUGGAGAGGCCAAGCCCUAUGUUUUCUCUGAUCCACCUAUCAUACGAGUUACACAUGGGAGGAUUUUUUCUGAAGUUACAACAUUUUUUCAUCAUUUGGCACAUACAGUACGACUCUACAAAGUUCAUGGACUAGAAGGCCAAUCCCUUGAGGUAUCCAAUAUUGUGGACAUUAGAGGAGAAUACAAUCGUGAGAUUGCAAUGAGGAUUUCAUCUGAUAUAGAAAGCCAUAACAGAUUUUACACUGACCUCAAUGGAUACCAGAUUCAGCCGAGACAGACAAUGAGCAAAUUGCCUCUCCAAGCAAAUAUUUAUCCAAUGGCUACAAUGGCUUAUGUCCAGGAUAGCAAGAUGCGCUUGACUCUUCAUUCUGCUCAGUCUCUCGGAGUUGCAAGUUUAAAAAGUGGCCAAUUAGAGGUCAUCAUGGAUCGUCGACUUAUGCAGGACGACAAUCGAGGCUUAGGACAAGGUGUACAAGAUAAUAAAAUUACAGCUAACCUGUUCCGAAUUCUGUUGGAGAAAAGGAAUGGAGCAGAUAUGAAAGAAGAAAAGUCAUCAGUCAGCUAUCCUUCUCUCCUAAGUCACAUAACAUCAUCUUUCAUAAAUCAUCCUAUGAUUCCAAUGAUUACCUAUGCAGACAACAGUAUACAGUCACUGGUUAAUACCUUUUCUCCACUAAUUUCAUCCAUGCCCUGUGAUAUGCACAUGGUUAACUUAAGAACAAUACAAUCAAAGGCAGAUUCAGGGCCAUCAGAUGAAGCAGCCCUGAUUGUUCACAGGAAGGGAUUUGAUUGUAGAUUCGCAACCACAGACCUUGAUCUCCUCUGCUCUACAACUCAGGGAAAGCUAAAGGUACACAAACUGUUUAACAAUUUCCACGUGGAAAAUCUUACACCUACAUCCUUAUCUUUGAUGCAUUCACCUCCAGAUGCCAGAAAUGUUAGUGAAAUCAGUAUGAGCCCUAUGGAGAUAAACACAUACAGAAUUCAGCUGAGAUGAAACCUGACUUUAGAACUUGGAUAAUUAAGAGGAAUCCUCAAAUUUUCUCUUCUCAAAGAUUAAUGUGCAAUAAGAAGCACAUUUCUGAUCAAGCUUCUUGGAUACUGUGACAAUACAUUCAUUCUAGAACCAGUUUGAUCUCCAGCGCAGUAAAAAGCCAUGAUGCAAAUAAGCAACUUUACCUUUAACAAAAUGCCAACAUCAGUAUAAGUAAAUACAAGAAGUAGAAGAGAAACAAAGGAUAUUCUCAUCAACAAAGUGAAUCUCAGGUUAAAUGUUAGCUUAUGGCUUCUAAGUUUAUGAUUUUGUGUUUGAAAGGGAGGGUCUGUUGAUCUUAAAUGGUUUUUUGAUCUGUAAAUGGAUCUUAAAUAAUUGUAUCUUGUUGAAAUCCCAGAUACAGACUGGAAUUAAAACCUGAAUAUGCCCUGGUGAAGCUAUUGUCCAAAUACUUGUAAAGACAUCUAUAACUGACAGUUUCAGUUUGUUCCACAUGGAGUCUGCAUUUAUCUCACUCUAGCAGUAGAGUGAAAUCCAAGAGCCUUUGAGAAGUGUGGAAGAUUAUAAAAUAUUUGUCCUACCAUCUUGAAGUGCAGAAUGUAAAAUUCUUGAAUUUUAAAUUCAUCUUUCUUGGAAAAUGUCAAAAUGUUCAUUUUGUUACUUGACACAUUGGGAUAUGUGCAAUUAACUCAGUUAUAUACAGUAAGGAAAGUCAAGUAUAUAAUUUCAUGAAUACAAGACUUUUUUACAGAACAUUUGGAUACUAAUGCUCUCUGAAAUGCUUUUUCUAUUUCAAUAUUACAAUAUCAAAAUAAAUGUGCCUUAUUUUUUUA